AGAACUCUGAAAUCAUGGCAGGGAAACCCAAGCUGCACUACCCCAAGGGAAGGGGGAGGAUGGAGUCAAUCCGAUGGCUGUUAGCAGCAGCUGGGGUUGAGUUUGAGGAAGAAUUCAUAGAAACAAAGGAAGACCUAGAAAAAUUACUCAAUGAUGGAUCCCUGCUAUUUCAGCAAGUGCCCAUGGUGGAGAUCGAUGGGAUGAAGCUGGUGCAGACUAGAGCCAUCCUUGGCUACGUAGCAGCAAAGUACAACCUCUAUGGAAAAGACCUGAAGGAGAGAGCCUGGAUUGAUAUAUACGUGGAGGGAACAACAGAGCUGAUGGGAAUGAUGAUGUUUCUUGCUUUUCAAGCAGCUGACACAAAAGAAAAGAAUAUUGCCUUAAUGAUUGAACGAGCUACAACCAGGUACUUUCCUGCUUAUGAAAAGGCCUUAAAAGACCAUGGGCAUGAUUAUCUUGUUGGCAACAAAUUAAGCUGGGCAGACAUCCAUCUGCUGGAAGCCAUUUUAAUGGUAGAAGAAUAUAAGCCUGAUAUACUCUCUACAUUCCCUCUGCUACAGGCUUUUAAAGGAAGAACAAGCAACAUUCCAACAAUAAAAAAAUUCUUGCAGCCUGGCAGCCAGAGAAAGCCACCAUCAGAUGAGAAGUUUGUUGCCAUUGUGACAAAAAUAUUCAAUACCUAAUCAUGUGGCUGCUGAAGAUAAGACAACAGUAGUGUAUUACCAGAGCUGUGCCUUCUAAGUGUAAACUGCAUAGAUGUAUUCUGUAGCUUGCAUCAUAGAGCCAGUCACAUGAUAAUUGCUGAAACAGAACACACUUUUAAAUUAGAGUAAAAGGUUAAUUUGGACCUCUUGAGUCCAGAAAGUAUUUCAUGGAGCAAUUAUAUGAAAUAAAAUAAGCUGAUACU